AUGGCGGCGCUCAUGACACUCAGUCAGCUCUCAAAUGGGAAUUUGGCUUAUGAAAACUAUUACAGACAGCUGGAUCCACUAAGUACAGGCAAAGUUUCUGCUGGGGAUGCUGCUCAAUUCUUAAAGAAGUCUGGGCUUUCAGACAGUACGCUUGGAAAGAUUUGGGAUCUAGCUGACUAUGAACGAAGGGGGUAUUUGGAUAAGAAAGGAUUUUUUGUCGCUUUAAGACUUGUGGCUUCAGCACAAAGUGGAAAUGACAUCAGCCUUAACAACCUCACCCAGACUCUGGCAGCUCCUAAAUUUAGAGAUACAAGUAGCCCCUCAUUACCAGUGUCCUCAUCUGCACCAGAUUCUCAAUGGGCUAUAAGAGCUGAGGAAAAGGGGAAGUUUGAAGGCAUUUUUGAGAGCCUUUCUCCUGUAAAUGGUUUGCUUUCUGGAGACAAAGUCAAACCUGUUUUGAUUAACUCCAAACUGCCUCUGGACAUAUUAGGAAAGAUUUGGGAUCUGAGUGAUGUUGACAAAGAUGGGAGUUUGGACAAGGAUGAAUUUAUUGUGGCUAUGCAUCUUGUGUAUCGGGCUAUGGAGAAAGAGCCUGUUCCCGCAACAUUACCUCAGUCGCUCAUUCCUCCAUCUAAAAGAAAGAAGAUUCCCGGGGCCUUGCCGGGGGCCGUGGCUGUGUUACCUGGUUUCGCUGGGUUCUCGUCCGGAUCAGCUCUUCUCAAAGACACACUGCGCUCCACUCCUCCUCUGGCCAACACUCCACCUCCCACCACUGCCAGCAUCUCACCAAAGCACUCCUUCAAGUCCUCCCCUCAGCCGGCGGUGAACUGGGUUGUCCCGUUGGCGGACCGGGACAAAUACAAUGAUCUUUUCAAGAAAACAGACGCAGAUGGAGACGGUCUGGUCACCGGGGCUGAGGUCAUCGAGAUCUUCAUGCAGUCCACUCUGUCACAGACCAUGCUGGCUCAGAUCUGGGGUCUCGCGGACACAAAACAAACUGGAAAACUAAAUCGUGAGCAGUUCUCUCUGGCCAUGCACCUGAUCCAUCAGAAGAUCUCCAAAGACCUGGACCCUCCCUCAACCCUGAGUCCUGACAUGAUCCCGCCCUCUGAACGGACUGGCACUGGGAUUGAAAGCAGCAGCUCCGUGGGGCCGGUGGAGCUGACAGGGAACAAAGAGCUGGAUGACCUCAACCAGGAAAUCGCCCGGCUGCAGAGAGAUAAGUUCAUUCUGGAGCAGGAGAUCGGGCAGAAGGAGGACAGCAUACGGAGACAGAAUAGUGAGGUUCAGAACAUGCAGGGUGACGUGGAGCGAGAGAGCGUCGGGCUGCAGGACCUGGAGACGCAGAAGCAGAGCGCCCACAGUCGGCUGGACGAGAUGGAGCAGCAGCGAGCGAAGCUGGAGGGAAUGCUCAAUGACGUCAAACAGAAGUGCCAAGAAGAGAGCCAGAUGAUCUCAUCCUUGCAGAGCCAGAUCCGCUCCCAGGAGAGCGACAUGCGCAGCAAGGAGGACGACGUGUCCCGGACCAAAGCCGAGCUGAGUCGACUGCAGGAGGAGGAGGCCCGUCUGGAGCAGAGUCUGCUGUCGGGACGUGUGCAACUGGAGAGCAUCGCAAAGUCCAUGAAGAGCACCCACGAUGAGCUCGGCCAGGCGCGUAGCAAACUGUCCAUGAUCCAGGAAAACCAAAAGGAGGUGUCAAAGACCAUAGAGCAGUACAACAGCGCACUGAAGGAGCUCAACGGCGGAAACUACAGAGACUUCGAGGACGUCAGGACGGAAGGAUACGGCGAGAAGGAAAACCGAGCGUUUGGGAGUGCGCUGAAUAGCUCUUUGAAAUCCAGGAUAGCCAUGUUCAACAGCAGCAGCACUAGCACCAGCAUCAGCCCCGCGAAGGACCCUCCACCCGAUCCCUUCCAGACAGAGGACCCCUUCAAGUCCAGCCUCUUAGACAACCCAUUUGGCGGCGAUCCGUUCAAAGAAAGUUAUUCCUUCAAAGGCACAGCUUCAGAAGACUUCUUUAAGAGGCCGAUUAAAUCCGACCCCUUUGUAUCGGCCGACCCCUUCGGUCGAAAGCCCACGCCGCCAGCCAAGCCCAGUGCCUUCAGCAGCAGCAGCAGUGACCCUUUCAGAUCAAACAGCCUCAGAGCAAAAGACUCAGAUGUGUUUGCGACGAUGGACCCCUUUGCCGGCAGUGGUUUUGGAACUAAACCAGGAUUCGCAGAUUUUAGUCAAAUGGGAAAGCCUGAAAAUCCAUUGGCUCCUAGGAAGUCUGCUCCCAGUCGCCCCGCGCCCCCCUACGGUUCGUUCAGUGUUCAGCAGAGCGCCCCACAUUCCGGUCACGUUUCCAAAGAGGGGGCACAGUUUGAACCAGGAUUAGGCUCCGCAGUCGCUGAACCUGCCCCGUCAGGACCCGAGCCAGUCAAGUUUGGAAAUGAAAGCGCUCAGCUGGAGUGGGCCAAGCGUGAGAGCGAGCGCGAGGAGCAGGAGAGACUGAGGAGACUGAGACUUCAGGAGCAGCAAGACCUGGAACUGGCUCUGGCUUUGAGCAGAGCCGACAUUCCCGCCGUGCAAAGAUCCUGA